CCGGGGGCGCCCUGCGGGAGGGGCGUCAGCUCCGAGGAUGCUGGGUCCCUCCGACCGCCACCGGCCAAAGGUCCAGGAACGCAGCCCAGGCCCCGCAGCUCCCCGCUCCGGAGCCACCCCGGUCCCCAGCGCCCAGGGUGGUGGGAGAAGGACAAGUGGCCGUGGCCGUGCUCUCUUCCUCUGCGGGGAGCCGAGGUCAAGCCCGGGGGAGGUCAGGCGGUAUCCGUUGAACCCACCUUGUCCCGGGAGAGCCCCGAUCAAAACGCAAAGCUGGGCCAGCGGACAGCGGACCCUCGGCCCCCACCACGCCAAAGCCGAAUCCCGGCAAGGUCCCGCCCCCUCGCGGGCCGAUUGGUCGGGCCUCCGCUUCGGCUCCACGCCGGGAAGACCCGGAGAAACGGAGUUGGUCCAAGGAAUGCCCCCCCAGCCCUGUUGCGCAUGCUCGCGCCGUGACCCCAGCUUGAGGUGACGGCCCGAACAGAGGCGGGGGCCCCUGGCACAGAGGCUGAGGGACCUGUCGCCGCUCGGUCUCCGGAAACGGAGGGCCCCGCUGCUGUCGCCGCCCGGCCGGUUCCCGGACGGAGCCCUGGACGGCCAGCUUCCUGCCGCGGAGGGGGCACAGAAAUCCUUCUGCCCGGGCCUGAGCCUGGCCUGGGCGACAGGCCCUCCAUCCCGGAAUGCCCCUGCCCGAGCCCAGCGAGCAGGAGGGCGAGAGCGUGAAGGCCGGCCAGGAACCCUGCCCCAAGUCCCCUGAGCCGGGCACAGAUGUGGUCCCCGCAGCACCCAUGAAGCCCAGGAAGUUCUCCAAACUGGUCCUGCUGACGGCCUCCAAAGACAGUGCCAAAGUGGCUGGGGCCAAGCGCAAAGGCGUGCACUGCAUCAUGUCCCUGGGGGUGCCCGGCCCUGCCACCCUGGCCAAAGCCCUGCUCAAGACCCACCCCGAGGCUCAGCGGGCCAUCGAGGCCACCCCCCAGGAGCCUGAGCAGAAACGCAGCAAGGUGGACACAGAUGGAAAAGAAGACGGAAGCAUGGCAGGGGAGCCUGUCCCCAGCUCUUCCUCGGGGGGCCGGGAGGAGUCUGCUGUGGGCCCCUUGAUUGUGCCUGCCAUGCCGGGGGAGGCCCCGUAGCGCUGACAGCAGAGGGUGUGUCCUUGCCGGGUCACUGGACGGGGCUGCCAAUUCCACACGUUCCACUGGGUUUCUGCCUGGGGCCCAACCACUGACUGGUUUUUAUGUUCAACACUGUAAUUUUUUUCAGAUCAAGCAUAAUUUACUUUUAUAAGCAGGACAAAAAUUAAAAAGAGAAUAAAAGAAGCUGUAUACUAGA